CCUCAGAUCACAGCUGUCCCCGGGGCAGGGAGGUCGCGGCCCCUCCGUCUGCCGUCCCAGCCUCUCAGAGACAGCUGAAGCAACGAAGCCCAGAACCAUGCCGACUCCCUGGGCCCUGCUGCUGCUGCUGCUGGCGGUCUGCCUGCCGGUGAGGGCCGACCCCGUGCCCACCCUGCCGGACGACAUCCAAGUGCAGGAGAACUUCGAGCUCUCUCGGAUCUACGGGAAAUGGUACAACCUGGCUGUGGGGUCCACCUGCCCGUGGCUGAAGAGGAUCAAGGACAGGAUGGCCGUGAGCACGCUGGUGCUGGGAGAGGGGACGAGCGAGACGGAGAUCAGCAUGACCAGCACGCACUGGCGGAGGGGCGUCUGUGAGGAGAUCUCCGGGGCCUAUGAGAAAACGGACACUGACGGGAAGUUCCUGUACCACAAAGCCAAAUGGAACUUAACCAUGGAGUCCUACGUGGUGCACACCAACUACGAUGAGUAUGCCAUUUUUCUCACCAAGAAAUUCAGCCGCCGCCACGGCCCCACCAUCACCGCCAAGCUCUAUGGGCGGGAGCCGCAGCUGAGGGAGAGCCUCCUGCAGGAGUUCAGGGAGGUGGCUCUCGGGGUGGGGAUCCCCGAGAACUCCAUCUUCACCAUGAUCGACAGAGGGGAAUGUGUGCCCGGGCAGCAGGAACCAAAGCCUGCCCCCGUGUUGAGAACCCGGCGGGCUGUGCUCCCCGAGGAAGAGGAAGGAUCUGGGACCGGGAGACUGGUGAUGGAGUUGAACAAGAAAGAAGACUCCUGCCAGCUGGGCUACUCCGAGGGCCCCUGCCUGGGGCUCUUCGAGAGGUAUUUCUACAACGGCUCGUCCAUGGCCUGCGAAACCUUCAACUACGGCGGCUGCCUGGGCAAUGGCAACAACUUUGCGUCGGAGAAGGAGUGUCUGCAGACCUGCCGGACCGUGGCCGCCUGCAGCCUGCCCAUAGUCCCCGGCCCAUGCCGCGGCAUUUUCCCUCUCUGGGCAUUUGAUGCCGUCCAGGGGAAGUGUGUCCUCUUCAACUAUGGCGGUUGCCAAGGCAACGGCAACAAGUUUUACUCGGAGAAGGAGUGCAAGGAGUACUGCGGGAAGCCUGGUGACGGGGACGAGGAGCUGCUUCCCUCCAACUGACAGCUGGUCUGCAAGCCGGGGGUGGCUGGUGGCUGACCCAGGGCUCUGCGGCAGGCUGGACAGAGUGACUCGAGUCCAAAUAAAAACAUGCUGAAAACUCUCUAAA